ACCGACUCCCUCAAAAUCCACGUUACUACCGCACGCGUCUUCGUUCGACCCAACCCCAUAAAUAAAAAAAGAAAGGCGAAAACUCCCCAACCCCAUUCUCCUCCUCCUCCUCCUCCUCCUCCUCCUCCUCCUCCUCCUCUCCCUCUUCGUCUCCCUCACCACGAAACCCUAACGCCAAUUUCUCCCUAACCCUUGCCCCCCAAAAGCCAUCGCCGGUCCACCUGCGUCGCCAUGGGCCACGCGCUCCGGGGGGAGCAGCUGAAGCAGCUACGCGACAUCUUCGGGCGGUUCGACAUGGACGCGGACGGGAGCCUGACGCAGCUGGAGCUCGCGGCGCUGCUCCGGUCGCUGGGGCUGAAGCCCAGCGGGGACGCGAUCCACGCGCUCCUCUCCGGGAUGGACGCGAACGGCAACGGCGCGGUCGAGUUCGAGGAGCUCGCCGCGGCGAUCGCGCCGCUGAUGACGCAGCGGGCCCUCGUGGACCAGGCGCAGCUCCUCGAGGUGUUCCGCGCCUUCGACCGCGACGGGAACGGCUACAUCUCCGCCGCCGAGCUCGCCCGGUCCAUGGCGCGGAUGGGCCAGCCCCUCACCUUCGUCGAGCUCACGCAGAUGAUGCGCGAGGCCGACGCCGACGGCGACGGGGUCAUCAACUUCACCGAGUUCGCCGCCGUCAUGGCCAGGUCCGCUCUCGACUUCCUCGGCCUCCCCGUCUCCUAGGGUUUCCUCCUUCCUUGCUUUUUUAGGGUUUCCUCUUCUUCUUCUUCGUCGUCUUCGUCGUCGUCUUCGUUUCUAGGGUUCGUAUUGGACCGGAGCUCAGCUGGUUGAGAUAUCUUGAACCGGGUUCACGAAAUCAUGGAUCUCGCAAAUUAGAGAGUUUCAUUUGUAAAUAUAUUGAUAUGUAUCAUAAAUCAUAAUGCUGAUGAUGUAGACAAGGCCAAAAUGUAUGGACACCACCUCAACUAUUCGCCAUUUUGAAAUCGCCCUCUCAAUCUUAAUUUUUUUUUUUAAAAAAAAUUUCUUUGAUUAUUAUUCUCUCAACUUUAAAUUAGUUAGCAAUUGAUUUUUUAAGAAAUAAAAUAAAUGAAAAAAAGUUAGAAUUUAAGAUGGUGCAAACCACAAAAAAAAAAAGAAAAAAAGAAAAAACCAGUAAAGUUGAUGGCCCUAUUUCAAAAUCGACUAUAGUUGAGGGGUCUCUGUACAUAUUCAGCUAAUGAUGCUUCUGAUGAUUAUGAUGAUUGGUUAAUAAGAGUUUGGGAGCUUCUAACGGGCUCUAUUUUCUCAGAAUGAUGGAUAAAGAGAUAAAAAGAAAAAAUAUAUUUAUGAAAGUGUAAUUAUUAUUCUGUUUUUUUGUACCAUUUGAUUCUGGACAUGUUUUUUGUUUCUUUCUUA